AUGAUAAACAAUAACUUAUGGAAGGUAAAGGGAGUUGUAAACACUUUUAUGACAGGGUUAAUUGUAUACUAAUAAUUCGCACAAAAAUUGACCGAGGGGGACUACCUGGAUAACCAAAGAUAGGAGAGGAAAGGGAAAAAAAAGUCCCUUAAAUAGUCUAGGUUGUCCAGGUUCAGAAUUCAGUUUAGUUUGUUGCUUUCACAGGGUUAACAUCUGAUCCUGUUUUGAAGUUUGGUGCUGUGUGCAUUGUGCGAGUGUAUAUUUUUGUGAUAAACUAAAAUGUCAAGCACGUCGGGUUAUUCAGCGGAGAAUUGGGAAACAGAGGAUGAUCUGAGCCACAGAAUUGAGCGUAUUGAAUUAGAUGAUGAAUUCAGAACAUAUGUGGAUGAUUUCUUGAAAUCAUUUGUCGAAAAUCCCUCAUUGGGCUCCCAAGUACUUAGUGGAUUGUCUGAUGUCGAGCAGAACUAUUUUAUGUCCAAGACAAUUCCCUUAAACCUCUACACAAAAGUAAACUCAUUCAGUCCCGGAUUCCAAACAUUAUGUAUCAGCAAAUCGAGGUUCAAAAGUAUGGAUCAAAGAGUCCAUCCACAUAGUAUGUGCAACAAGAACAAGGAAAUUUUAAACAAUUAUGUAAAGUGUGAGAUAUCUAUGGCAGCAAACAGUAUUGAAGACAAUAGAGUUCAUGACUCACUAGGGAAGUUGUGCUUGGAACCCAUGAAAAAUGUAUCGAAAACUCAAAGCCCCAUGUGGAAAGAAAGAGAAUCACUUCCAAUCUUCAACAGUAAACAGAAAAUUUUAAAAGCGAUAGCUAAAAACUCAGUGGUCAUAGUGUCAGCAGAGACAGGCUCUGGAAAGACCACACAAGUAUCCCAGUAUAUAUUGGAGGAGGCUGCAGAGAAGAGAAAACCUGUGAAGAUUGUCUGCACUCAACCAAGGAGAAUAUCCACAAUAUCAGUGGCAAACAGAGUGGCUGCAGAAAGGGGAGAAGAAAUAGGAAAUACGGUUGGGUAUCAGAUAAAGUUAGAAUCGCGCAUUUCAGCGCAAACAUCAUUGAUAUAUUGCACUAGCGGUAUCUUGUUAAAAACUCUUAUGUUUGGUGAAGAACAGUUUAAAAACAUGUCGCAUAUUAUUGUGGACGAAAUUCACGAGAGGGAUAAGAAUAAUGAUUUCCUUUUGAUCUGCUUGAGGAGGGCUUUGGAGAAGUUUCCACAUUUGAAAAUUAUUCUGAUGUCAGCCACAAUGGAUAUGGAUUUAUACGUGAAUUAUUUUAAAAAAGUCGAAAUAGUUAGCGUUGCCGGAAGAUCCUACCCUAUUACUUCAUUGUUUCUUGAUGAUAUAUUGCCGAUGACUAGAUACACGGAUUUAACUAUUAUGAAUCAUUUAGAAAAGAAUGAUUUUGUAGAGUAUGAUUGGGUACCAAGAGAACAAACAUCCAGAGAAUUUGUAGAUCCCGAUUUGGACGAGGAAGUCGUCCAAACUUUGAGCGUGUGCUGUAAUGAAGGGAAUCCGCAAAGCUUCGAUCAUAUGAUGCAGUUGAUCAAAUGUGAAAACAUCCCCGUUGACUAUGUAGGCUUCCACGCUAGUCUUCCUACAAUAUUAACAGCGGCGUGUUAUCAUGGAAGACUUGACUUAGUUCAGACUCUUUUACCUUUAGGUGCAUCAACACAUUCUACAUAUUAUGCUAAAUCUGUGAUAGAGGUAGCUCGGGAAAAUGGACAUAUAGAUGUUGCUAAUUACAUAGAGGACUAUAAAAGGAGGUUCCUGGAAAGGGUUCCCGCAGAUGAGUUCUUCAACUUAUACGAAAAACUAACGUUCUGCCAGGAUUACGAACUGGAUAACGAACUUAUUUUGUCUGUAAUCAAUUAUAUCCACACCAAUUACGAUAGGAGCGGAGCUAUUCUGGUGUUUCUACCAGGAUACGAUGAUAUAAUGCAUUGUUUAAACAAGUUGAAAACCAACAAGAACUACGCUCUUUUCCCGCUACACAGUAACAUCCAGAUGAGUGAACAGAAGAAGAUAUUUAGGCGUGUUCCUCAGAAUCAGCAGAAGGUCAUACUGUCCACAAAUAUUGCUGAAACCAGCAUAACCAUCGACGAUGUUAGAUAUGUUGUGGAUUGCGGCAAAGCCAAAGUUAAAGAUUUCGAUUUGGCGACACAAGCAUCGUGUUUGCAAACACAAUGGAUUUCCAAAGCCAGUAUGAAGCAGAGGGCAGGCCGAGCCGGUCGUACUCAGGAUGGCCUAUGUUUUCAUAUAUAUUCCAAGAGAUGUUACGAGUCUCUGGAAGAUAAUACGAUACCGGAGAUUUUAAGAACUCCUUUGCAGGAAUUGUGUCUUCAGGCUAAAGUGCUAACUUCUAAAGAAGAAUCAGUCACUUGCUUUUUGCAGGAAGCUAUAGAACCACCAUCAACAGAUUCAAUUAAUAGUGCUAUUAUGUCUUUGAAAUUCCUGGGAGCCAUGGACGCUCAUGAAAAUUUAACUGAUUUAGGAAAACAUUUGGCCAAGAUUUCAUUGCCUGCGCAUUUAGGAAAAAUGCUUGUUUAUUCUUGCAUUUUCAAAUGUCUAGAACCGAUUCUUAUCCUGGUAUCAGUUUUAGUUCAAAAGGAUCCGUUUGUUUUGGGAGCAAAUAACAGAACGCAGCGUUUCAACUUCGGAAAUAAUUCAUCCAGUGAUCAUUUCAUAUUGAUAAGACUAUUCCAGAAAUGGGAUGAAGCUCGAUCCGUGGGCAAGCAUUUUGCUUUCUGCUAUGAAAAUUUUAUCAGUCCGUCGUCCAUGGACACAGCGAAGCAAACUGCUAAGCAACUGUUGAAUCAAUUGAAAUCGCUAGGUUUCGUACCACCCACUGCAUUUUCUAAUAAUAACGAGUUGAAUUUCAACUCUAACUGUUGGCCUAUGGUGAAAGGUUGCAUUGCCACAGGUUUAUACCCAAAACUCGCGUACUACGAUGAUGAUAGACUGAAGAUUAACGCCGGUGAACGUGUGAAAGUUCACAGCUCAUCCAUCAACAAAGGAAAGGAUUCUGCUAAUAGAGAGAAGCAACGUGAACUCUGGAUCGGUUACGAAGAGUUGACCAAAAAUUUUAGGAACAACUACGGCAAGAACAUGAUUAAAUGCACGACUGUCUUCAAUGCAUUGACGGUUGCACUAUUGUGUGGAGUUGAUGCUGAUUUUUCGGAUGGAGUAGACGAAGUGUGCCUCGAUGAUAAACACGUAUUCAUAUUUAUGCAUGUCGAUUUACAAAAGUUCCGUACGAACGUCGACGAGCUGAUCAAGAAGAAAAUUUGUUUCCCGAGGACGUCUUUCAAUAACGAGGAAUUCAACAUCGUAAGGAACUUGGGUAUAUUGUUGACCAAUGAGGACAUUGAAUGCGAAGUGCCGAUGGUGAAAAUGGGAAUCCAGAAGCAAAACAAAUUCCCGGGAAAUAACUUCAACAGUAGUCCGAGAAAUCACCAGUACAGACCACGUCACGGAAAGAAGUAGAUUCACUUAAGUAUUAUCGCGUAGGUUAAGCAUAGAUUAAUUUAAUAUAUUAUUUUUAAUUAUAUAUAGUAUUAGUUAAGA